GACAACAACAGAUGAUCAGGCGAAUUUAAUUAAACAUUAUAUAUUAUUGCAAUAUCUUAGAGGUGCAAUAUAUAUUUGUUUGGAAAUCAUAAAUACAAUAUUUUUACAAUUACUACAAAAUGGAAUUCCCCGAUCUCGGUGAACACUGCCAGUAUAAGGAUUGCAACCAGACUGAUUUUCUACCUCUUCAGUGUAAAUGUGGAAAGAUAUUUUGUAGAGUUCACUUCAACGACCACUGUCUUUCUGGUUUAUGUGAAAUGGCGCCAAAACCUCGGGAUAUAGUACCUAGUAAUGAUGAAAUAUACAGAUGUUCAGAGAAGGGAUGCAGGAAGGGUAACCUUCAUGAGAUGCUGUGUACUAAGUGUCAUAAACAUUAUUGUAUAGAACACAGGUUUCAUCCGUCAUGUCCUGAAAUAGAUGAUGAAACAAUGGCAUUCAAAAUUGAACAACUUGAAGCUCCUAGAAGGCAGUUUCAUGAAGCUAAUAAGCAUUUACAGGAAAAGAUAACAGAAAACAUAAGAAAAGCAUUGCAAUCAACAGCAAAAGUGAAGACAGCAUCAAAAAUACAUCUAAUGAGAAUAAAACAAAAAGCCGUAGGACCAAAAAGUGUAUCACCAUCAGACAGGACUUAUUUUGCUAUCAAAAAACCAGCAAAUGCCGAACCAAAAAAUGUUAAAAUUGUACGUGAACUAGAAAAUAUUACGCAAAUAGAAACUGUUACUUUAGAUCCAGAUUUAAAAGGCACUGUACCAGUAUUUAUUAGUUCUAAAUGGAGCCUAGGAAGAGCUAUAGACAGUAUAUGUGAUUCGUGUGAUAUUAAAAACGAGAAUAAUAAAAUAGGUUCAACAAAGCUCAGAUUGUUUCGGCAACUCGACGGUUAUUGUAUAAGUCCGGGACAAAUGGAUGUGGGUAUCCAGGAGUUGAUGGAAAAAGAGAUUUUAUUGGAAGGUGAUAAAUUGGUUAUGGAAUAUGUUAGCACAGAGGUGUUGAAUAGUGUGGAUGACGGACAAUUGUUUUUAUGUUAAGAAAAUAAAUUUAUACAUUUUAAA